GUUAACAAGAGUUAUACCCCUUUGUUGAUCACCGAAACACUUUAAAGGAAGUGGCAGGAACAGGUGAACAAAUCAGAUCGAAGUUCACUUAAUUACAGGAGAUGGCGAGACGGAAAGUAGACGGAUUGAUGUCAAAGAUGAAUAAUGGAGCAGAAGUCAGGAAAUUUGGAUCAACGUCACUACCUCCGAAUUCUCUAGUUGGCGGCGAUUUCCGACGACUGACUGCAGAGGUGAGGAUUAUACUCAUAGGCAAGACAGGAUCUGGAAAAAGUUCAACAGGAAACACUAUUCUAGGACGAUCAGCCUUUUCUGUGGUACCGGGAGGAUCAUCUGGCACCAAAAGAUGUUCCUUCUUCAGAUCACCAGUACACAAAAGGAACGUAAUGAUUGUCGAUACCCCAGGAUUGUUCGACAGUCAUAUAUCGUUAGAGGAAACACACAAGGAACUAGUGAAAUGUAUCGGUCUCGCUGCUCCCGGCCCACACGUGUUUCUUCUCACUAUACCGGCCAACAUUCGAAGUUCCCCUGAAGAAUUGAACACGUUAGAUUUACUGAAAAAUGUUUUUGGAGAAUCAAUGGUAGAUUAUACAAUGGUAGUGUUUACAAAGGCAGAUGAAAUGAAAAGACAAUUAUUGACCGAGGAAACGUUUUUUAAAACACUUCCAGACCAAGUACAUAGGUUAGUCAAACUCUGCAAAGGAGGACAUUUAUUCCUUGAUAACCAGUCACCACGGGAAAAAGAAAAGCAAGUCGAGGCUUUGAUCAGUCGCAUUGAGUACAUAAUGGACCAACGUCUUCAUAAAUGUUAUUCGAACGAUCAGUUUAAAGUAGCGAACGAUAUAAUGGAAGCUCACACGAGCAAAAUGAAGUCAGAAAGUCUGAACAAAAGAUUGGCAACUGUUGACGAGGAAAUCCAGGAAGGUGAUCGAGGAGAUACAGGCCAAGAACCACAACAGGUUCAAGUUGUUGAAGAUCCGCAGCAAGAAGAUGGAAUCGACGAUCAGGCAAGACGAGAGGUUGCCGAUGGAAAAGGACCAAUUGCCAAGUUAAUGGAAAAACUCCGAUGUUUCUGGGAAAGUAUCAAGAAUUUCUUUACCAAAAAAUAGCAAACAAUCAAACAGAAUUGAUUGCUUACAUUAGUAAUCCAGCUCAAAAGUGCAUCUUUGAAAAAACUAAUUUAGAGGAUUUCAUGAUUAAAUAGUAACAGAAAAAUAAUCCUCAAAAUCAUUACAUUUUUACAGAAAUAUAAAUAAAUGUAAUUGAUCUUUAUAUGACAUAAACUGCUUAUAGGACGCUAAAAAAACAAACAAAAACGAGAGUUUAUAUGUAAAUAUGAUCCGUACCUAAUUUUUCUGAAAUUGUCACCAUCACUUAUCCACAUAAUCAAAAGUGACUGAACCACUUUGGUAAAAAAGUAAGUACAGAUAAAAGAUUUGCUUAAAAAUCAACAUGUUAUUUGUUUAAGGUAAUACUACAAUAUAUCGUCCAAUAUUUAGCGACCGUUUGCACUCGUGGAAAAUCAUACUAUACGUAUAUAAUAUAGUAUAAGAUAUAACACUAAUAUAUAAUAUUAAAUAAUAAAAGCUUUCUU